AUGUCUCUUCCUCCUUCUCUGGUCUUUCUGUUUAUGGUUCAGGGUAUUUAUGGUCAGGAUUGGGGUGUCACAUAUAAUCCUGAUAGUAUCUGUGCCCUGAAGGGUUCAUCAGUAACCAUGUCCUGCUCCUACACAUAUCCCACUGGUCAUACAGUCCAAACAGUUUUCUGGACAAAACAUGAAGUUGGGGAGCCCUCUGAUUUGUCUGAAGACUCAGGUUAUAAAGGCAGGGUUCGUUAUCUUGGAGAUACACGGUCAGACUGUAGCAUGAAACUAAUUAGCGUGACUCAGACAGAUUCAAGGAGGUAUCGAUUCAGAUUUAUGACCUAUAACGAGAAGUGGCUUGGUCAACCUGGAGUUCGACUGUCAAUUACAGACCUACAGGUGGAGACUCCAGAGAGAGUGAAGGAGGGUGAUACAGUCACUCUGACAUGUAAAACCACCUGUUCUCUGAGUAACAGUCCAAUCUUCAUCUGGUAUAAAAAUGGACAUGUUUUAACAAGGAGAAACAUCAGGAACAAUGAACUCUCUUUCCAGUCAGUCAGCUCUGAGGAUAGAGGCAGUUAUAUGUGUGCUGUACAAGGCCAUGAGGAUCUUCCCUCUUCUGCUGUCACUCUCACUGUCAUAUAUGCUCCAAAAAAUACCACAGUGUCAGUCAGUCCCUCUGGUGAAAUAGUGGAGGGCAGUUCAGUGACUCUGACCUGCAGCAGUGAUGCUAAUCCACCAGCCACAUACACCUGGUUUAAGAAGAAUGAAACUGUCACUAUAGGAAAACAAAAAACCCACAGGAUCAACAAUAUCAGCUCUGAGGACAGUGGAGAUUAUCAGUGCAAAUCCAAUAAUCAACAUGGACAUCAGUAUUCAAAUACUGUAUCUCUGAAUGUUUUAUAUCCUCCAAGAAAUACCACAGUGUCAGUCAGUCCCUCUGGUGAAAUAGUGGAGGGCAGUUCAGUGACUCUGACCUGCAGCAGUGAUGCUAAUCCACCAGCCACCUACACCUGGUUUAAGAAGAGUGGAACUGUCACUAUAGGAAAAGAAGAAACCUACAGGAUCAACAAGAUCAGCUCUGAGGACAGUGGAGAAUAUCACUGCAAGUUCAGUAAUCAACAUGGACAUCAGUAUUCAAAUACUGUAUCUCUGAAUGUUUUAUAUCCUCCAAGAAAUACCACAGUGUCAGUCAGUCCCUCUGGUGAAAUAGUGGAGGGCAGUUCAGUGACUCUGACCUGCAGCAGUGAUGCUAAUCCACCACAGAUAAGCUACACCUGGUAUAAAGAGAGUGUAGCUUCACCUGUAGGAUAUGGACAGAGUUACAUCAUCAACAACAUUCAGUCCAGUAACAGUGGACUGUACUACUGUGAGGCCCAGAAUAAACAUGGCUCUCAGAAAACCACUGCUGUACCAAUCACACUGAAAGGUACAGAAACUGUCAUAGAUGUUGUCAUAUGA